AUGGCUCAUUGCCCGGAAAAAAUGCUGUACGAGAACAAUAUUCAGAGUACUCAAUACCAGCACCAAGAUCCCUUCUUCGACACCCCUCCCACCGACAAUGACAUUCUUUCGCAAGCGCUAGAAUUUACCCAUCAUGUUCCCCCACCCAACUACACUUCUCCCCAACUUCCUCGACCCAUUGCAGUACCACAAACAGUAGCUGGCCUUGGACAACCAUUUGCUCGAGUAUAUGCUCCCGCACUCUCCUACCACAACAUCAACGCGUGGGAUUUCGUAGAAUUUAUCGACAACCUAAACGUUGUCGCUACCGCCAAUCCACCUCUACAAAUCGUCGAUCUUGUCGGUGGCGCCCUAGGCAUGGUACCUCAUCACUGGGCCCAGCUCGCCGGUACGGGGGUGCAAGUCAUUGCCAAGCUCGGUACCGUUGUUGUGAGCAAGAGUCGAACUGAUACUUAUAUGCAGCAUGUGAAUGCGAGAUUCUUUGCUCCUCGAGGACUGAAAGCUUCUAUCACUAGCAUGGAAGCUAUGGCUGCUGUAUUGGGGCUGCCUGUAAAUACAUCGGUCUUGGCUCCUGUUACGGAUGGGAAUAUGGGUGCUACUGUUUUAGAACGACGAAUGGAGGGAAUUAGACCGUAUGUUAUGGAAACGACGUUUGAAGUUCCUCCUCCGGCACCACAGACGACGACGUUGGCGAAGAUGAGUGCCACGCAGGUGAAGAAGCAGAUAGUUAAAAACGACGAAAAAGCUCGGAAGGAGCGGGUGAAACAACUCGAGAAAAUGAACAAGUCGGAUGAAAAAAAUAACAACGAUAAGCGUGAAAGUAAGACGCAGAGAAAAGCGGAAAAGGAGGAGAAAGAAAUGAGGAAGUUAAAUUUCGAAGUUGAAGAAAUGCAAAGAGAGAUGGAAGCCCUGAAGAUAAGAGAGAGUAACAAGAGAGUGCAAAAGACAGAGCGGAAAUUGGAGAGGGAUAUGAAGAAACUAGAGAAGGAAAAGGGGAAACUGGAGCAUAAAUCGAGGGAAGUAGGGAGUGAUGAAGGAAGUGGAAGUAAGAGGGAUCGCAAAAAUAAAGAUGGAAAGGAGAGUAAGGAGGUGAAACAGUCAAAGAAGACGUUAUGGAUUCUGAUUGAGAAUCUAUAA